UCCAUCAGCUUCUCCUCGCCACCCACACGAGAUAGAUUCGUAUAGGAGCGAGGAGCCAGGGUUUUAGCAGUUAAACCCUGCCCUGCUUCUAGUUUUGCUUAUUUUGUGGGAGGAAGGAGAGAGAGCUUCAAGAGAUGGGCACGCUUGCACUAUUUCAUCACCAAAAUCCAUUAAUUAUCAUCUUUGGUCUCUUAGGUAACUUCAUCUCGUUCUUGGUGUACUUUGCUCCAGUGCCAACAUUUAUCAGGGUUUACAAGAGGAAAUCAACUGAAGGAUUUCACUGUUUUCCAUAUCUGUCUGCACUGUUCAGUGCCAUGCUAUGGCUAUAUUAUGCAUACCUGAAGGGUGGUGCAACUUUCCUUGUCACCAUUAACUCCUUCGGAUGUGUUAUAGAGACAAUCUACAUUGUCAUCUUCCUGGUUUAUGCAACAAAGAGAGCUAGGAUUUUGACUAUCAAGCUGCUUCUGUUGAUGAAUCUUGGUGGGUUCUGCUUGAUCCUUUUUCUAGUUCAAUUGUUAGCCAAAGAUGACAAAAGGGUCCAGAUUGUUGGAAUUGUUUGUGUUGUCUUCUCUUUGUGCGUCUUCAUUGCACCCUUAAGCGUUGUGGCACUGGUCAUACGCACAAAGAGCGUGGAGUACAUGCCAUUUACUUUAUCUUUCUCCCUCACCUUGAGUGCAGUAGUGUGGUUCUUCUAUGGUCUUCUUCAAAAUGACCAUUUCAUAGUACUCCCAAACGUACUGGGUUUCAUCUUUGGGGUACUACAAAUGGUGCUAUAUUUGAUCUACAUGGGCUCCAAUAAGAAGAAGGAUGAAGUGAAUGAGGUGGAGCAAACAAUCACUGACGCAGUUAAGCUAAGCAUGAACAUAAGAAGUUCGGAGCCGGUGCACCCAGUUGAUUCAGAUGCCCAAGAACAGAAAGAGGAAGAAGAUGAAGAGAUAAACCCCAUUAUCCCCAGCCCUAAUCUUGAGGAACGCCCAAAUGAAGUCCAGGUCGUUGUGUGCCGAGUCUGAUAUGAUGAUAUGAUAAUCAAUCAUCCCUCGCUCCCAGGCAAGCCAGGGCCUAGCUAGAUCCUAUUAUGUAUCUUUAUAUGCCUCGGCAUCUCUUAGUCCCUAAUCUCCAUGAUCACAUCAUAUGUACUAUCUAUUUAUACUAUAUAUAUUGAAGAGAUUAUGUGUCUUCCUCUC